GCCACAUGGAUGAAUUUGUCAUCUUCAGUCCGAGAUUUUACGUGUCAGGAUUUUGAAAGUCGCUGGUUAAAUACAGAUAAACCGGUGCAUCCUGCCCUGCUUAUGCUCUUCAUCGAUAGCGUGUCGGAUUUACCGUACCCGAAAGCAAAAUUGGAACCAUCACCGUAUGUGAUGAUUACUCUGGGAAAGGAUACACAACAGACACCUGUCAAAAUGAAAACGGUUAACCCGUUGUUCCAAUGCAAAUUUCUGUUCUUUGUGCGACAUCCCGAAGGUCAAGAAUUGAAAAUCGAGGUAUGGCUGACGAUGAAGAAGUAUUUUGGGAAUUCUUGCUCUUUCAUUUGA